ACUAAGCGGAAGUGAAAGUCGACUGCGCUUGUUGUAGUGUUUCACUUAGCUGCGGGCUGACUGGAUUAAACCGAGGCGCCUUUGCUGCUGUUUACGCCCCACGAGAGGGAGCCCCGAAUGGAGCCACAGGACGUGGACGAGCCACGGGGGCCGGUACUCCACAUCGUCGUGGUCGGUUUUCAUCACAAGAAGGGUUGCCAGGUGGAGUUUUCGUACCCACCGCUGAUGCCGCACGAGGGUCACGAUAGCAACAUGCUGCCCGAGGAGUGGAAGUACCUCCCGUUCCUGGCGCUGCCCGACGGAGCGCACAACUACCAGGAAGACACGGUCUACUUCCACCUGCCCCCCCCCGCCGAUGACACCAAGUGCGUCUAUGGCGUGUCUUGCUACCGGCAAAUAGAGGCCAAGGCGCUGAAGGUCCGACAGGCUGAUGUAACCCGUGAGACGGUGCAGAAGAGCGUCUGCGUGCUGAGCCGGGUGCCUCUGUUCGGUCUUCUCCAAGCCAAACUCCAGCUCAUCACUCACGCUUACUUUGAGGAGAAAGACUUCUCUCAAAUUUCCAUCCUGAAGGAGCUUUACGAGCACAUGAACGGCUCGUUGCGGGGCUCCGCCUUGGACGGCUCACAGGUCUUCCUCGGCUUGUCACCGCGAGAUCUCAUCCUGCACUUCAGACACAAGGUUCUCAUCCUCUUCAAGCUCAUCCUGCUGGAGAAAAAGGUCCUCUUCUACGUGUCGCCUGUCAGCCGACUCGUGGGAACGCUGAUGGCUGUUCUGUCGUUGUUCCCAGGCAUGAUGGAGCACGGCCUGGUGGACUCGUCACACUACCGGCCCAAGAGCAGCGUGUCGGACGACUGCGACCCAGCGACGGGCGUCUCGGGGGCCGAGGAGUUCGAGUCCGUGUCCGCUUCGGAGCUGCGGGGCGACGGUGACGUCGAGCCCCGCCUCAAGCCGCCCUCCCGCUCCUCCCCCGAGUCGUCGGAGAGUGACUGGGAGACGUUGGACCCCGGCGUGUUGGACGAGGGGACGGAGGGUGGGGCACCGUCCGCGCCCAUCAUGAUGCAGCCGCUCGGGGGGCAGGGCGGCGGCGCGCAGGGACUGCUGUCGGGUCUGGAGGAGGACCAGUACGGCAUGCCGCUUGCCAUCUUCACCAAAGGCUACCUGUGUCUCCCGUACAUGGCGCUGCAGCAGCACCACCUUCUGUCGGACGUGGCGGUGCGCGGUUUCGUCGCCGGGGCGACCAACAUCCUCUUCCGGCAGCAGAGGCACCUGAGCGACGCCGUGGUGGAGGUGGAGGAGGCUGGCGUCCACAUCCAUGACGGCGACCUGCGCAAAGUUCUGGGCCUGACCACGGCCGACCUGCGCUUUGCCGACUACCUGCUGAAGCACGUGAUGGAGAACCGAGAUGACGUUUUCCUGGAUGGGACGGGCUGGGAGGGCGGCGACGAGUGGAUCCGGGCACAGUUUGCGCUCUACCUCCACACCCUCCUGGCCUCCUGCCUGCAGGAAGAUAACGAGAGAUUGCUGUCAGAUUACGGCGCCCCCUUCAUUGCCAGCUGGAAGGUCACGCACAACUACCGCCUGUGGCACAGCAACAAGCACGCCGCCAUGGCCGCCGUAACGCCGGGACAUCCUUUCCAGGGACAAUACAGUGUCACCGACGUCAAACUGCGUCUGACACACUCGGUGCACAAUAGCGAGCGUGGCAAGAAGAUCGGGAACGCCAUGAUGACCACCAGCAGGAGCGUGGUCCAGACCGGGAAGGCCGUCGGUCAGUCGGUAGGCGGAGCUCUAACCAGCGCCAAGUCGGCCAUGUCGUCCUGGUUCUCCACCUUGGCCCAGCCCGCCGCCACGGCCCACCCGGAGGCUCCCGCUGACCAGGCCCAAUCCUGAGCCGCCCGUGUCUGUCAUAUUUGACCUCCCGACAGGCACUGACGUGAACACGCCGUCCGCACCACUGCCGUUUUGGAUCGCUGGAGUACUGUGACGCACGGCAGAUGCUGUUGCUUCGAUGCCAUCCGUGUUUACCGCCGCAACAGCCCAGCUCCUGUCAUAACAUUGUGAUCGCCUUGGUAACAGCAUCGUUCAUCCUUAACAGCGCUCGUCUCGUAUCCUCGUUAAACGGCGUCGGCGAGGCCGCAGCUUGCAAGUCUCGAUCACGGCACUUGCACAAGUUGGUCACAAUCGGGCUGCCUCGUAAUCAACGCUUUACACAAUGCAGUUAGCGACAGCCUGGUUGCCAUGGCAAUAAGACGGCAGUGUUGGUGACAUCCUAUUUGGUGACAGUGCAGGUUACAACGGUUUUGGCAACAGUGUGGUUGUCUUGGUUGCAUGACAGGUUCCAGCCUUGUUACCGUGGCAACGGUUCAGGUUUCUUGGGAGCAGCGUGUUUGUUUUGAUAAGCUCGGUAGCCUUGUUCACUUGUCUGGUGGCAAGAUUGUGUUGCUUAAUCAAGCCAAAAUGGGGAAAUAGUUUAUAAAUUUAGAUGAACAAACCGUGCCUGUUGACUUACAAGUUGCAAACAGUUUAUCAAAUUCGGUUUUUAAUGAUGUGAAUACAUCUAUAUAUUUUUUAUAAAAUAGUUCGGCUUUCAACAAGCUUAUAUGGACACAUCAGUAACAUGUAAUUUGUGGAUAUUCAACAACAAAAUAUAUUCCAUUCAAUUUAUUUUACGUCAGGAGGUGAC